AUGGACUUUUCAUUUAUAUCAAAGCGGCAAUUCAUUACUACUCAGCAGAAAUUUGCCAUCUACGGCCUUCAGUUCGACGCAGCACUACAAGCAUCAAGCCGUCCAAGUUACUUAUCGAUGCUUCGUACUUGCAAAAAAGUGUUGUCUGAAGCACGUGGCAUCGCCUACUACCGAACAUUCGAAUUUUGGGAUGAAGACGCGCUUUUCGUCUGGCUACGCGACAUUGGCCCGUACAACAGAUCGCAUCUCUGCGGGAUUAUCUUAUAUGAACUGCGCACUUGUCCAGACACGGUUACCCACAAUAUGGUAAUGAGUCGGAUCGCUGCAAUGCUUGAUAACUCUCCGAAUCUCAAGAAAAUCGAGGUGGUCGUUAUUAGAUUCGACGGCGUGAUCGACUUCAGCAAGCGGCUCAAGCUUCACAGAGAUGGACAGCCAAAGCUGCUGGUCACUGAAGCCCGGCACAUAGCUGAAUGGGUGUUCUCAUUCUUCCGCCCCCUCCUGUGUAGUCCUUCCUUCCGCAAUGGGGAUCCUCAGCGGUUAUCUUCCUUGUUGGCGCUUGACAUGCAUGCUUAUUGGCUCUGCGGGCAAAAGGCUGAUUUUCAUCGAUCGAAUUGGACAAAAGAGAUGGCGGACGAAGCAGACGCCUCAUUCUCUGAGCAUCUGGAGCUGCUGCUCGAGAGAAGUCGGAAGAAGAAUCUCCGUCGUCGCCAAAAGAAGCUUCAACGACUCGGCCGAUGUAUUGACCCCACGAAAGGUCCAUCACUUGAGGUGGUCACAAUGUACUCAUCAAGAUUGAAAUAG